CUGCUGAUUUCGCGAGUUCAAAAAGCUAAACAAACUUGUAGAGAGUAGCGCUGACAGAUCAAAUUAUCUUCUAAAUUUAGCCAAAUUGCCUUCACGCCACCUCAUAGAAACAUUCAUUUCGCUGCUAGAGCGGUGUUCUAAAGUGUAUCUCUGAAGCAAAGGCAACAUUGUAACACCUUUGAAAAUGCUGACACCCGUGGUUUCAAUCACAAAGGGUACACUCGUUUCAAACACCAACUAGUAAGCUGUCUGGAAGAGCCGUGAAGAUAGAGCUUAUAGCCUCAUUUAAUCACCCAAAUGUAAAAGUUGGCUUACUGUCCAAAAGCAGGAAAUGGCAAGUAAACGCACCGCUAAAGGAAGCGCUGUUCCAGAGGCGUUUGCCUUAACAGUUGAGUCCAAGACCGGUGAUGAGCGGAGAGAGGGCGGGGCUAAACCUGGCUCCAGCUCCACCUGGGAGGGGUUCAGGCACAAGGUGUGUCUGCUGGUUCCGUUCCUGUGGCCCAAGGGUAGCACCAGACUCCAGGCUCUGGUUCUCUUCUGUCUGAGCCUACUGGGUCUAGAACGGUUCCUCAAUGUUCUAGUGCCCAUCUAUAACAAGAAAAUAGUUAAUGAACUGUCGGAGAAGGAGGCUUGGGGAACUCUGGCCUUCACCGUUUGCAUCUACGUCCUCAUCAAGUUCCUGCAGGGCAGUGGAGCAGGUACGUCGGGGUUCGUGAAUAACGUGCGCUCGUUCGUGUGGACGCGGGUGCAGCAGCACACGUCCCUGCAGGUGCAGCUGCGUCUGUUCGGUCACCUGCACGCGCUCUCUCUGCGCUGGCACCUGGGCCGCCACACCGGGGACGUGCUCCGCAGCGUGGACCGGGGCACCGCCUCCGUCAACAACCUGCUGCUAUACAUUGUGUUCAGCAUCGUACCCACUAUCGCAGACAUAGUCAUCGCCAUCAUCUACUUUGUCUCCUACUUCAACGCCUGGUUCGGCCUUAUCGUCCUCAUCUGCAUGAUCCUCUACCUCACUCUCACCAUCAUCAUCACCGAGUGGCGGACCAAGUACCGGCGAGAGAUGAACACGCAGGACAACAUCGCCAAGUCCAGGGCUGUGGACUCACUGCUCAACUUUGAGACGGUCAAGUACUACAACUCAGAGAAAUAUGAAGUGAAAUGUUUUGAGGAGGCCAUCCUGAAGUACCAGGCUUGUGAGUGGAGGAGCAGUUCCUCCCUGGCACUGCUGAACGAGGUGCAGAAUCUCAUCAUCGGGGCCGGACUGCUGGCGGGAUCACUGCUCUGCGCCCAUUUCGUUACCGUGGAUACCUUCAAAGUGGGGGACUACGUCCUGUUCAGCACCUACAUCAUCCAGCUCUACACCCCUCUCAACUGGUUCGGCACCUACUACAGAAUGAUCCAGAGUGCUUUUGUUGACAUGGAGAAAAUGUUUGAGCUGCUCAUGGAGGACAGAGAGGUGAAGGAUGAAGUCAAUGCUGGGGAUCUACAGUUCCACGAGGGAAAGGUGGAGUUCCAGAAUGUUUGCUUCAGCUACGUCGAAGGGAAGGAGAUCCUGAAUGACGUCUCGUUCACCGCGAUGCCUGGGCAGACCGUGGCACUGGUGGGUGUGUCUGGCGCAGGCAAGAGCACGCUACUUAGGCUGCUGUUCCGCUUCUGCGAUGUGCAGUCAGGAUGUAUCCGACUCGAUGGCCAGGACAUCAGCAAGGUGAAGCAGAGCUCUCUGCGCUCCUACAUCGGUGUGGUACCCCAGGACACGGUGCUGUUCAACUCCAGCCUGCGGGACAACAUCCGCUACGGACGCGUUGCCGCUAGCGACCAGGAGGUAGAGGAGGCCGCAGAGUCCGCAGAUAUUCACCAGCACAUUCUCACCUUCCCCGACGGUUAUGAGACUCAGGUGGGUGAACGAGGCCUGAAGUUGAGCGGUGGUGAAAAGCAGAGAGUAGCCAUCGCCCGCACCAUCCUCAAGAACCCCCGCAUCAUCCUGCUCGACGAGGCCACCUCUGCCCUGGACACGCAGACUGAGAGGAACAUCCAGGCGUCCCUGGCCAAAGUGUGUGCCGGACGCACCACCAUCGUGGUGGCACACAGGUUGUCCACCAUCAUUGCUGCUGAUCAGAUCCUGGUGCUGAAGGAUGGCCAUAUAGCAGAGCGGGGCAGACAUGAGGAGCUGUUAGCAGCAGGGGGUCUUUAUGCGGCUAUGUGGCAGAAACAGCAGCAGCAGUCUGAAGAUGUGGAGGAGGCCAAGCAGACACACACACACUCACAGGAAGAUGACACGACACACACUCAGUGAGUGGACCUCAGGGAGAAAUGCACGCAAUGAGAAUCCUGUUACGCACCUGUACACUUCACACACACACACACACACAUGCACACACACAGACACACACACACCACACUUCCUCUCUCUCUCUCUCAGGCACUCUCACAAUCGACAUAUGCCAAAGAAUCAUUUAGAGGGCUUUACAGAGUGUAUGUGUGAGGCCUCCUAACUUUCGUUUAUGAAGUGCCAUUAAAGUGACAUUAAGUUUAGAUAAAAAGCUCCUUGGAGUGCUUUGUCUAACCACAUUGGGCCACCAAAGGAACACGAGAAGAUUCCGGAAUUCUGGAAUCUGCUCUUGACCAAUGGCAGUUCAAGCUGCCGUGAAAACCUCAUAGAACACUCAGCCAUGGUGAGAUCACAGUGGGCAGGUGUCCCAGUGUGACGACUACAAGUGCCUAUCCACCCUCAUCCCUGACCGUCUCAUUCAAGUUUGAUUUCUGGAUUUCCCCAUUCACCCACACACACAGACACACACACACACACACACACACACACACACACACACACACACCCUCUCAGCAGCUGUCAGAGAGCUGAAUCAUUCUGUCAGGAUGCGGCAUUCAUUAAGCCCUGUUCCGUUGCGUUCCGUUCAGUACAGUGGGUGCUUGUUGAGCCCACGAGAGACCUUGAGCUCUUAAACUGGCCUCUCAGUGGUUUCUCAUUCUCCCUGUCAUCUUCGUACGUCUGGUUUUCCUCUGUUUCGUCUGAAAAGCCGACUCGCGCCUUUUCCAAGAAAACGGAAUGCCGCUGCCUGACUUGGCCGGCAGACACCUUUGGUCAGCGUGAUUAAUUUUCCUGCGAAACACUCAGCGGUCUGGACAGCGUUUGUUUUGAUAGCUUAAUUUGAAUUUAUUUAAUCCAAAACAGCUUUUUUAAUCAAGAGUUACACCGACAUGUAGAGGAAUCAGAAUGCCUUUCUCACACAACAAGCUUACGCUGGGAGAUGUGGACGUUCUCAGGGUGUACACCCUCAGUGUGUGUGUGUGUGUGUGUGUGUGUGUGUGUGUGUGUGUGCAUGCGCACGCAUUCCUGUCAUGUGUUGUUGUUGUUCUUCUAUUAUGAGUUAUUGUUAUUUUUGACAGACUUUGCCUUUAGUGGCAGUUUACAUAUUUCCAGUUUACCUCCACAAACAGUCCAGCUCUGUUUGAAAUUAAGUGGAAAUAAAACAUGUUUCGGUUAAGAUGGAAAACAAGGGAAAAAAAGUUGCUUGAAUGUUUGAAGACAUGUUCCUGCCAGAGUGUUGGAGUUGAGUCUGUUUGUGAGUCUUUGUUCAGGUCUGAGUGGAAUUGUCUGAGGCGAAGUGUGGACAUGAGCGCUCAAACAUGAUGCUUCAUCAUUUCGGACAGGACUCUAGUUUGAAGUCAAACUGUUAUGAAGAGGCCUGUUGUCAAAGCAUCCCAAGUAAGCUGCUUAGACUUCUCCAGACUCUACUGUAAUAGGGGCUUUUCUAUUGCAUGGUAUCAGUUAAACUGGACUGGACUCGACUUUACUCGAUUUUGGUACCGGGUGUUCCUUUUCCACUGCAACAGAGUACCCCUAUAAGCUAGCCCGUUGCCUUAGCAACACUGAAGAAAACAACGGCAAUGUCUUUAAGGCCACCUGUUGGUAUCGCGUGGAACCCCAACGGAGGUGAUACCAACAAUAGUACCAGGUACCGCCUCAGCUUGCGUGGAACCUCAACGGAGGUGAUACCAACAAUAGUACCAGGUACCGCCUCAGCUCGCGUGGAACCUCAACGGAGGUGAUACCAACAAUAGUACCAGGUACCGCCUCAGCUCGCGUGGAACCUCAACGGAGGUGAUACCAACAAUAGUACCAGGUAUCGCCUCCGAACUUCAACGGAGGUGAUACCAACAAUAGUACCAGGUACCGCCUCAGCUCGCGUGGAACCUCAACGGAGGUGAUACCAACAAUAGUACCAGGUACCGCCUCAGCUCCCGUGGAACCUCAACGGAGGUGAUACCAACAAUAGUACCAGGUACCAGUUUUUGCUAAUGGAAAACCAAAAAUACGAGUCGAGUUGAGAUGAUACCAUGCAGUGGAAAAGUCCCAUAAGGUAAAACAACACAUCUCUCUACUGUGUCCAAAUAUGACGUCUCGUUUGGGUUUAUGACAAUAAUAAUAAUAAUAAGUAUUACUAACUGUAUGUUAGUAAUUACCGAUUCAUGAAUAAACUAGACUAGAGUUCCGAAAUGUUAUCCUUUCAGUCCUCUGAAUCCCUGAACACCAUUUUGUGAAUCAUUUGUGAAUCUACGUCAUAAACGUUUGCUUAAAAUUCACGAGGCAGCAGUGUUCUGGGUUGACGCUGGCAAGUUUCCGUCUGUCUGAAGUUAUUUCAUCCAGGAGAUCAAUGAGUCAGUCCAUCAACAUGUUGGUUGUUUGAAUGUAGAACCUGAGGGUCAAACCAUGGCGACUUGCUUUUAUGUGCACAUAUUCCCAAACUGCCUUCAGGACACUGUUUACUUUGUGUAUUUUCUUUUUGUGUUUAUUUAAACAAAAAAGGAUUAAAGAACACU